CCGGCGCCCAUCAGCGCCUGCGCAGUCCCCAGGCCCCGCCUCCUCACCACUCUUGGCCGGGGUUUCCCGCUGCCAACAUGGCGGCUCCCUGUGUGUCCUGCGGCAGAGCAUUUUCCUACCGGCUCUUUCUCGCGGGUAGAGUUAGCCUCGCUCGGAGGCACGGCCUCUGGAAAACUGCGGCAUCUGAGUUGCAGAUAGGUACUGGAUCCCAGAUAUUAAGGCUAAGACACGUGGCAGUUGUAAACACAACAAAGAAAAAUGUUGGAGUCUCAAGACGUGAAACUUACUCAGAGGAUUUUAUUAAAAAGCAGAUUGAAGAGUUCAACUUAGGAAAGAGACAUUUAGCCAACAUGAUGGGAGAAGACCCAGAAACUUUUACCCAAGAGGAUAUUGAUAGAGCUAUUGCUUACCUUUUUCCGAGUGGCUUGUUUGAGAAACGAGCCAGGCCCAUAAUGAAGCAUCCUGAGCAGGUUUUUCCAAAACAAAGAGCAAUCCAGUGGGGAGAAGAUGGCCGUCCAUUUCAUUAUCUCUUCUAUACUGGCAAACAAUCAUAUUAUUCAUUAAUGCAUGACAUAUAUGAAAAGUUACUCAAACUAGAAAAACAUCAAAAUCAGUUGCAAGCCAAAGAUCUACUUCCAGAAAAAACUGAAACCAGAGACCUGAUUGGCAGCAGAUGGCUGAUUAAGGAGGAACUAGAAGAAAUGUUAGUGGAAAAACUGUCAGAUCAAGAUCAUAUGCAGUUCAUUCAGCUGCUGGAAAAGUUAUUGACAUUGCAGUGUGGUGCUGCUGAGGAAGAAUUUGUGCAGAGGUUUCGCAGAAGUGUAACUAUUCAAUCAAAAAAACAGCUGAUUGAACCUGUGCAGUAUGACGAGCAGGGAAUGGCCUUUAGCAGAAGUGAAGGUAAAAGAAAGACUGCAAAGGCAGAAGCCAUCGUUUAUGAACAUGGAAGUGGAAAAAUAAAAGUAAAUGGAAUUGAUUAUCUGCUUUACUUCCCGGUCUUACAGGACAGAGAACAGUUGAUGUUCCCUUUUCAAUUCCUUGACCGACUUGGAAAACACGAUGUGACCUGCACCGUCUCAGGGGGCGGGAGGUCGGCGCAGGCUGGAGCAAUACGCUUGGCGAUGGCAAAAGCCUUGUGCAGCUUCGUCACCGAGGACGAGGUUGAGUGGAUGAGACAAGCUGGACUACUGACUACCGAUCCCCGAGUCAGAGAACGGAAGAAGCCAGGCCAAGAGGGAGCCCGAAGAAAGUUUACCUGGAAGAAGCGCUGAGGCCUUUUUCACAGGAAGAGAGGAGGAGGAGCUGUAUGUGCGUGCCUGGCGUAUGGCUGACCCACUCGAGGGUGGCACUAUCAGAAAUUUUUUUUGAGUUGUGAGAAGACUUAUUAUUAAAUGCCGCUUUGUAAAGGUGACCAUUUAAAUUUUUUUAAAAAAUGUGUGCACAUGGAGGCAGAGUGUGGAAUGACGGACACUGGCGUGUGAGGGGGGUGGACGAUGGGAGGUUGCUGGGUGGGUACAAUGUGCACUGCUCCCGUGGUGGGUGCACUAAAGCCUCUGACUUCACCACAUGCAAUAUAUCCAUGUAGCAAAAUUGUACUUGUACCACAUACAUACAUUUUUUUUAAUGGAAAAAAAAUCAAAACUUUUUUUUUACUUUAUAAGCUCUUGGGCUAAAUCUGUAUAAAUGUGGUUUUUAUUUUCUAGAUACUCAAUGAAACUUGUAUCUCACUGCGUCAUAUCUGAGUGCAGACACCAAAGCACAAUUUAGAAGCCAAAAUAAAAAAGAAAGAAUGUUAGCUUUAUUCUGCUGCUUUGUUUUUUUAAACUUUUUCAGAAGAUAGUUUUAGGAACAUAAUUCAUACGUAGAACCUUGGCAUAUUAGACUUAAAAGGACGAUUCAGCAAAUUAUAGUUGAGUUACUGCAUUUUGCAGAUGAGAAAGCAACCCCAAA